UUCAAAUCCGACACAAACCACAGCUGUGGUGGUACAUGUGUCCGGGUAUAGAAUGGCUAGUGAAAUAACACUGGGAGAUCAAGGAUGCCAGACAUAACAAGACCAGCAUUGCCAGUCCUCCCACCAUGGAGACAGGAAGUGCAUAUGUUGAGGACGUCCUCCGUUCUGGAGUAAAGAGCGCUGAUGACACAUUUGAGGCCCUGGUUGUGAUUGAGUUUACUGCCGAGGCCAAGCAGGCAUCCAUUGAAUGGCUCAUGGCUCGGGUACAGGCGCCAAAGUCUGAAGGUGGCGCCGACCUUCAGCUGAGGAUGAUGGUCAUGCAGCAUAAUAAGGAGAGCGGAGAUGCAUCCACAGAAGCGGACCGGGAGACCAUCUUGUACAUUGGUGCCAGUAAUGAACGACUGCUGAUGUCGGCAGAAGUGAUGGCAAUGAAAAAGCCACACACAGAUGGAUUUCUCCACGAGUUUUCUGUUGCAGACUUCGACAACUUUCGUGGUUCAGGAGAUGUUGGUACAUUUUUCUCAAUGGCCGAGAAGCAGAAGAUUAUCCUGAAGGAACUGGAGGGUAUCCGGGCAGGGGAGAUGGAUGCGCACAUCCCAGGAUAUGAGCAGCACAGACUCUACCCUGGGAAGAGCAUAAUCAAGAAGUACCAGAGUCGACAGAUUGUGCUGCAGUUGUUUCCUCUGCACGAUGAGGAAGGUUUGAAGACACUAGCAAGCGACUGGUGUGGUGUCCGCAAAGUUUUCAGCAGGCAACCAAUACAUCGUAUACAAAGAUAUUUUGGUGAGAAGAUUGGCAUUUACUUUGCAUUUCUGGGUCUGUACACCAUUUCUUUGAUACCACCGGCGCUCAUCGGGGUGGUGUAUUUUGUAACUUCAUGGCGGAGUAUGUACAGGGAGACGAUAUUCGCUGUGUUCAACCUCAUCUGGUCCACCAUAUUCCUGGAAGCCUGGAAGCGCUACUGCUCCGAACUCACAUAUCAGUGGGGGAGCAUGGAUUCUGUGUCGUCCAAAUUUGAAGAGCCCAGAGCAAAUUAUCAUGGCUCUCUCGGCCGGAACCCAGUAACCCAGAAGCCAGAGCCGUCUUUCCCCAAAUGGAAGCGUCAGAUGAGGUUCUAUAUGAUUACAGUGCCGGUGAUAUUUGUGUGUCUGGUGGCAGCGUUCUUUGUCAUGCUGGCCUAUUUCUGGAUGCAGGAUUGGGCGGACAGUGUCUACGCCGGGGACAAACAUUGGGUCAACUACAUCCUCUUGUAUGCCCCUACAGCUGUGUAUGCUGUCAUGAUCGGCAUACUCAAUGGCAUCUACAGGAUGGUUGCCAAAAAACUGAACGAUUGGGAAAACCACAGACUCCAGUCUUCCUAUGACAACCAUUUUACAAUCAAACUAGUUCUGUUUGACUUUGUGAACUGCUUCAUUUCGCUGUUCUAUGUGGCCUUCUACAUGCAAGACAGAAAUGUUCUCCACAGUCACCUGGCCUGUCUGCUCAUAACAUCUCAGGUCGUGGGUCAGAUCCGAGAGGCUAUCGUGCCAUUCUUCAUCUUCCGCCGCCGAGCCCGACAACUGGACACUGUGUUGAAGAAGACGGAGGCGUUGCAGAUGGUGAACGGCCGGGACGAUGUGGCGAAGGUGGUGCAGAAGCAGGCCAACUUGGAGGCCACCAUGGACCCUUAUGAUGGUCCAAUGGACGACUACCUGGAGCUGUUUCUGCAGUUUGGCUAUGUCUACCUCUUCUCCUCCGCCUUUCCACUGGCCGCUCUGUGGGCACUUCUCAACAACAUCACAGAAAUCAGAACCGAUGCCUUUAAGAUGUGCAAAAUCUUCCAGAGGCCUUUCUCAGAGUCGGUGCCAAACAUUGGUGCAUGGCAGGUGGCAUUUGAAAUUAUUGGGGUCAUCUCGGUAAUGACGAACUGCGCCCUGAUCGGGAUGGACCCCGAAGUACAGAAACUCAUGCCUUCCAAUGUCACGGCUGUCAACAUCGUUCUCAUCUUUGUUGCUGUCGAGCAUCUGGUGUUGGCGGUGAAGGCUGCCGUGGCGUUCUUCAUCCCGGACGUACCCAAGUGGGUGGAGCUACAGGUUGCCAGACAGGAAUACCAGCUGAGGCAGGGCAUGAUGAAGGAGAGAAUGGCAGCAUCAACACGCACAAAACAAAUCCUGAAGAAAAUGAUCCAAACCCGGAAACCCAUGACAACCGACAUGAAGUAGACCGUCCUGCACAGGGGAGUCGUAAUCCAGGAAGACUGUGGUGGAAGCUCUGUCGUCUUGUUCUACUUCUAUCUCUAAGUAUGGCCUGACCCAGGGCACUGAUAUGCAUCAGUUUUCAACACCUUUCUUUUUGCUUUCAUUGUUAAGUCAGUGGAGUAAAUCUAAAUACUAUCCUUUCGGUUUUCAAUUAUAUACUAAAAUAUAGCAUAAGAUGAGAGUAGCAUACAGCUACUCGAUCAUAAGUCUGAUAUGUCAGUGCAAGGAUUAUAUAGAAAAAGGUUGUCAUACACCAAUAAGGUAUUCAUACCUACAGAGUCUGCCCAAAAAUGGUUGCCCAUCUGGUGGAGAAAUAUUCGGUUUUAUUUUUCAUCUCUAAUUUUCUGCAAACUCAUUUUGAUAAAAAUUAUAAGCAUUUGCAUUAAUGAUCUGUGUGUGAUGGUAUAUAAGACUUUGUUGUUGAUUUUUUCAUAUUGUGAUGACAUUGAUGUUUGAGUUGAUUGGAUUUCAGAGAAAUCAACUCCAUUUUCAAAGUACUUGUCUAAAUAAUGAUACUAUUAAGGCAAACAAAUGAAGUGGUUUUUUUUACCGAAGCAAACCUUGAGUAUUAACUGCCUCAGCGUGUGAGUAAAUCAUGUCCUAAAUUUAUGAAGGCAACAAAAAUGUAAUUGCAUAAUUUCUAAAAGUCUAUAACACUGGUAUUAUAGUUAUAUAUAUAGUAUACUAGUAUAAUACUGGUAUUGACAUAAAACUUCAUCUAUCCUUGAAUGUUGACUGUAGCAAAACUAGUCGAAGCCUUCAUCAAGAGUCUAGCACUCAUGGUCUUCCUGUCACCAUGUGCCUGACAGUGCAGAGACUAUUCACCUAACCACUGCCAUGCUCAGUAUCAUGUGUUUGCAUGAACCUCUGGUGUGUCAAUCCAAGCAUGUGUUAGAAGCUCAAAAACGUCCUGGGUACAUGUGAUGAAUACCUUAGAUGUUGGUUUGAUGAGUGAAGAUUAAUUCAUUUUAAAACUAAAUUUCUGUCAUCAUUUUAUUGAUCCAUAACUUGUUGUUCAGAAAAUAGUAUUCCAAAAUUUAUUUUGAUAUUCUACAUUUAAAGCUGGGACAAAUGAUUGGUUUAACUGAUUUGUUCUGGGAUAUUUUCCACAUAAUGAAGCCAUAUGCAGAAUCAAACCUAGGUCUUCUGCUAGAUGAACUGAACCACUAACCUCUGGACCACCCACUUACAACUUAGGUGACUGUGUUGAGUUAUUUGUGUGUGAAGUGUUGUGCAAUACUCCUUUACUUUUAUAAAGGAAAUAUUUUUACUAUUUCUGUAGUACAUUUUAGUUACAGAACAAUUUAGUGAAUAGUUUAUGUGUUAAUAGAAGUUAAGUUGUUGAUCUGAAUAUGCCACUGAACAUAUCAUGUUGCUUAUCUUUUCCUUUGAAUGGAGUGUAGAUUAAAUACUUAUACCUCUGUCUUUUUCCCCCAAAGUCUCAUCUCUUUGGGUCUCUGUGAUAGUUUUGAUCAUGGGACAUGAAAAUAUCUGUUGCUUUGAUAGAUGAUUUAGAUAUUGAUGAACUGAACCACUAUUUUGGAGUAAUCAAAUGCUAUGACACAACAGGAUGUAUGAAAUAUCCGGAAAAUAAGAAUGUGGCCUUUAUUAUUUCAAUUCAGAACUGCCUGUUUAAGUUUGUUUUUGAGAUUCAGAAAUCAGAUAUGCUACUCUGUAUGCUCUGUUCGCUUGUACCAAGAACUUAUAUUAAAUUGGAUUAACAACCAAAACAACAUCUGGAUUAAUAACAAUAUGAGUAAUUUGCUUUAUUAAAUAUCAUUUUUGUCCCAAAAUAUUUUAGAUAAUUAUUGUUGAUAUUUGUAUUGAUGUUGGUACUUAUCAUGUGAAUUGUUUUCUUCAUCUGCUUUUAUGCAUUUCAGUAUUUUUUAUACUUUCCUACCUUUUCAUAACAUAUCUAGUGUACUUUUAUCAGCAACUAUAUAUUUUCAGGGUUUAUUGGUUGUUGUUUUAGUGUGUGUUACAAUUUGGUAUAAAUGUUAAUGUUUCACAGAGGGAUAGAAUUGAAAAGCUCAUCUUUUAGUAUUAAUAUUGGGAUUUAUGUCCCAGUUGUGUGAAAAUGCUCAACUUGGAAUGAACAACAUCCAAGGAAAAGUCUCAGUACCCCAAAACUUUUAAAAAACUUAUUUAUUAUAUACAUGUAUUCAUGUAUUCACAUUCUUCAUGUUUUAAUUAGUGCUGUUACAGGAGCCUUUUGCAUAAAUGUGGAAUUCAAAUGUAAUGACAUUUGACAUUAAAUAUUUCAGUAGAGGCAUGUGUUUAUGUGGUAGUCCUUAUGACCUAUAUAAUAAUCCUUCAGUGGUAGUGGUAGUAGUUCAAUUACCAUCCUCAUCACCAGUCUUCCAAUAUACAGUAAAAAUAACUUUUGUUAUUGGUUUUGUUUCUCAUGUUUGAGGUUUUUGAAAAAAUCAAUUCAGCAACUUUCUUUCAUAUGACGAUUUUAAAUGCAGAGUCGCUAGUCAUAAAGUAAAUGUUUCGCCAUCUAAAGCACUGUGGUUAGAGUUACCUGCCCUUGCUCUAGGAACUAGUAACUAGAUCUAGUCAGUGUUUGUAUUCAGUGAGGAGGACCACAAAUCUGAAUAGGUGACUGAUUAUUUUAGAGUAAAAGUUUAAUUUAGUUUUUUUUGUCCAUAAUUUUUUAUUUCCAUCCCUGAAUAUGUGAUUGUUAUAACAAAAAUGAUAUAUCGUUUACAUGUAGUUCUGACAAUGAUUUAGUUGUCUCCUAGUGACUGAUAGAGUCGGGUAGCCAAAGUAUGUGGCAGCCUUCUAGUUGUAUAUUAGACUUACAUUAUAACCUUUUGUGAUGUCAUAUACCAAAUAAAAAAACUAAAAGACAUCCAGAGACACAGCUGGUCAUUUGAACCAGUUUACCAUUCUGGUUUCAGGUUAGGGAAUGCUCAGUGUUCUUCUUCCGAUUCCUUAUACUUUUAAAACCAUACAGCUUGACAGUUAUACUGUACGCUAGUCCUUCAAAUUUAGUACUCAUAGAUUUCAGUGCAAGUUAAGAUUUGUUUGAUUGUUGUUUAAUGCCGCCUCAGCAAUAUGACUGUGGUCUAUAAAUAAUCGAGUCUGGAGCCAGACAGUCCAGUGAUUGACAUCAUGAGCAUCAAUCCACGCAAUUGGGAUACAAUGACACGCAUCAACCAAGUCAACGAGCCUGACAACCCGAUCCCGUUAGUCGCCUACUACGACAAGCAUAGUCGCCUUUUACGGCACGCAUGGGUUGCUGAAGACCUAUUCUACCCAGUUUCUUCAAGGGUCACAAGUUAAGAAAGAUAACAGUGAUUGAUAUAUUUUAAAUGUUUCGAGCUUUAUUAUAUAUAUAUACUUAUCGCAAGGGGUCAAUAAGUACAGAUGAUGAUCUCUCAGCCUGACUUCGGUGGAAACAAGGCUGUGAGUACAGGGAAAUCCCAAGGCGCAGAUGUGCAUGAUAAUUAAUUAGGUAGCCAAUCAGAUUUCAGUAUUUUAUCUCGUGGUGUGAUGUACAUAUAUCAUAAAUAGAACUUGAUACAUGAAUAGAUUUUCAGAAAACAUUCAUGGUUGGCGUGAAUCAUGAAUUAUACAUAUGCAUUUAUGUAAAGUGUAAUGGACUUAGGAGCAUGUAGAGAUUUACGAUACCUGACUCUACUAGGUAUAGGUGUCACAGAUGUAUACAUGUAAUAAUAUAUUCCUAUUUCUUGUGUUUAGUUAAGUGAUGAGUCCCAUGUAUGCAUGCUGUUUUUGGUGAUAGGAAUAUACAUGUAUUUAUUUCAAAAACUGACAUUAUAGGGUAUGGGUUGAAGUAUUGUGUAUUGGGUCUUGUGUUUUCUCAGUUGUGUGGAGAAUAUUAUGUAAUCAUAGUGUACAAAUAUAUCAGCCAUAUAUUUCCACCUUGGUGACAGCUAUGCCGAAGUCUAGAAAGUCUUUCAUAUCGUGUUGUUUACAAACAUGAUUUGAUCAGUGAUGCAAGAACAUUGACAUUGAGAAGUUGUUAAGACUUGAAUACACUCGCUGAAUGCCUAUUGACAUUGUCUUGAAGCUAAUGUGUUUUAUUGGUAAUACUCUGUGAAGCGAGAGUAAUUAUUGUUUUCAUCAGAAUAUUUUCACCUGAACAAAUUAUGCAUAGAAACGUUUAAACUGUGAGAACCUUGAGACAAGCUUAAACAUCACAGCUCACAUGGCAAAAUUUUCAGAUGACAUUUUGAAGAACCAAAAAUAACAUUAGGCUUUUUCUUUCUUGUUAUCUUCCUUGCCUUCCAACCAGUAUUGUCACAAAAAUAUAUGUUUAUCAUUGAAGACAUAAAAAUUCUCUCCUUGUUACCAGAUUUUGAUGAAAGCAUAUUGUAACAACAAUGCACAUACUUUCCUCAUGAAAACAUGUACCCUGUAUGUGUGCUCCCCCUUUCCUCCAUCAGUCAGUCAGUCCCUAUGUACUUCCUGGGUGUUAAGCAGCUUUUGUAUGCUAUUUUCUUUACAACUUAUCACAAAAAUGUUUAAAUGUAUGAUAACAUUGAACUUACAUUUAUUUAUGCAAGGUCUGACCAUUUACGUCUUGUCUUACCGAUAAAUCUGACGAGAUUCAGGAGGCAAUAUGAUGAACAAAAACAUUGUCAGGCUUGAUGGAAAGUAAAUUCUUAAAAAUAGUUCUUUUAAAUAAGAGUAAAAACAUUUAUUUAUGCAAGGUCUGACCAUUUACGUCUUGUCUUACCGAUAAAUCUGACGAGAUUCAGGAGGCAAUAUGAUGAACAAAAACAUUGUCAGGCUUGAUGGAAAGUAAAUUCUUAAAAAUAGUUCUUUUAAAUAAGAGUAAAAACAAAACUAUAAACAAAAUAAUGUCAACAAAGAGCUUUGAAUUAUCAAAGCAUAUUUAAUAUCUUUUACUUAUUCAAAAUUUAGAAAAGAUUUAUCCAUAAAUAACAAAACUAUAUACCUGCCUAAUUGAAGUAAAGAUAAACAGUUACUGUUACGACAGUGGUUUCCCACUUUGUGUUAACUCUGCAAUGAUACUGAUUGCAUGACAACAGCUGCUUUACAGAAUGUAUAUGGACGGAAGUUUUUCUUGUAUCUUAAUCUUUGAAUUACACACAACUAAAAGUGAUUAAUGAUAAUCUUAUGAAGUGAAGUUAAAGUUAUUUAACGAGAAAUGAUAGGUCAGUCCUCUCAAGCUGCUACUGUAAAUUUAGAGACACAGGAAAUUGUCUCUUUUCAAUCUCAUUGAAAUCAGAUCUUUGUGCUACUCUAUAGCUGUAGGAAGCACAAAGAUCUGAUUUUAAUGAGGUUCGUCUCUUUUGAUCAUAUCAUAAAAGCUGUCAAUGUGGUUUUAUGACAGUUCGAUUAUUUCAUCUUUAGUGAUAAUCAUGAUUGUGCCAUACUGCGAUCCUAUUUCUGACUGCCAUUAUACAGGAUGAGUGAAAUACUGAUUUCCUACACUCUUUGUUAUUAAGCAUUAUUAUAUAUCCACAGUGGACAUGAGUCUAGAGCCAUGUGGCAUUUUACAUCUCAGGGUAUGCUCACUAAAUGCUGAGGAGAUCAAUUAUGAUGAGAACUGUGUUAGAUGUUUUGUGACAACUGUUUGUUGAGAUGCUCCAUGUUGAGCUCAGUGCUGACCACUCCAUAACAUGUGGAAAUGUCAAGGUCAUACCUCCAUGGGGUCAAGAUGAAUUAUUUUUGAUACAUCUCAAGACAUGCUUGAUGUGGUUAUCCUGUCAGUAGGCAUCAGAGUUGCUCAUGUUGUUGACCCCAUCUGUUUCUUUAUUUUGACGACUCUUCUGGAUUCUUUUAUUUGUACUAAAUUUUAUUCAUAUAUCCUUUUAACAUGUUUAACCAUUGUUACCAGUAUAAUAAAAUAAUGAAUCUUU